UUGAAAUUCAAAUCGUUAAUAAACGGAUCACUUAAAUAAGAACGCAAAUAAUUUACUUUUUAAUAUUAUAAUCGUAAAAAUUCUAAUGACUAACUAAUCUUAAUGCGUUGUUAUUUUUCCCCACGAAAAUGUCAACGAGAUCUGGAAAACGAAUUCAUAGUUCGAUAGAAGAGCCUGUUGUAGAAAACAUGUUCCAAUUAAAAAGCGAAAGAAACACUCGUAGUAAACAACAGAAGACGAGUAAUGUUUUGCCGCUCACGGAGAAAAAAAGAAAACAUUAUGUAAGAUAUCCUUCUGAAGAAGAAAUAACUAAUUCUGAUAAUGGAAAUAUUGAGAUUGCGGUCAAAAAUACACGGAAAUCUAGAAGACAUACACUCAAAGAGCAAAAUAAGAUUGUUAGUGAUUGUGAACCAAUAAUUGACGUAAAAGCAGAGCGAUCGACUCGUAGGACCAAAAAAAAUAGUGUAAAGAAUGAUUUAGAUAACGUGGAACUAACAUUAAUAAAAGAAGUCACAGAAGAGAAGAAAAAAGGAAAAAAGAAAAAAGCAGCUAAAGUCACGAAUACAGAAGAAGAUAUUGAAAAUGUACCCGAAGUAGACAUAAAGAUCAAUACUAAAAAGAAAACUAACAAGAAAAAAAAUAAAAAGAAAUCAAACUCCCUUAUUGUGACAGAUGUUUCUGAGAAUGUUAACAAAAAGUUAAAUAAAAGCAAUGCUUCAAUCGAUUCAUUUCACAGUGCUGCUGGCAGCCCGGUUGUUAAUACCAGUCAGAAUUCUUCUAAUAAUAAAAAUUGUGUAAUUAAUGAAUCACCGAAAAACAAAAAAACUAAAAGAAACGUCCAUGAUGAAGAAUCAAUUAUGAAUGUUUCAGUAGAUACACCAAAUAAAAGAAGAAAACUAACUGUGGAAAUGAAGUGUAACCAAACCAAUGGUUCGGUAAAAAAUAGUCCAACUGAGGAACUGUUGAGUGAAUCAGAUAAAUCACAAAGCAGUGCCAUUAAUGAAGUAGAGAGCAUACAUAAUAAUACAUUUGAUAAAGACAACUCAGUAUCAGCAUUAAACAAAAGCCUCGAUGCAAAUUCCAAAAGAAAAUCAAACAAAAAAACUAGUUGUGACAAAGUUAACGAUAAAAAUACUACAUUUGAAAUUGACAGCACUAAUAAAGAACUCUCAUCUACUAAUAAACUUAAACUUAGCGAUAAAAGACCAUCUCUUAAUAACACUUUUGACGGUAGUUUUAAACGAGACACAUCAAGAAGUUCAAUGAUCAAUGGUAAUGGAUUAAAUUUAAAUGCAACCUUUAAUAAGGACAAUUGUAACCAAUCAGAUGUCGGUAAAAUAAAUGAUGGCAUUAAUGACAUAACAAACAGUAGUUCCAAAAAGAAAAGAAAGUCAAGUAUUAAAAAUUCAACAUACGAUAAGAUAGAUGAACCACCAGUCACACUAAAUGCUACAUUUGACAAGGAUAUCUUAACAAACUCUUCAAUAACUAAUUCUGUAACUAGAGAGUCAAAAUCAUCGAUAGAUUCGUUUGACCAAAACAAAACUGAGAGUCUGAAUAGUACUUAUGAUAAAAACCCCAAAGCCAAAAUCUCCAUAAGCUGCUUUAAUGCCACUUUUGAUAAACCUGCUAGCCUCGACUCAACAUUUGAUAAAAGUUUAAAGAAAGAUUCAAUUGACCAAUCUAAAAUGCGGCCCAAAGCGAAGUCGUCUCUAUUAAGUUCUGACACAACAGAUAAUUCUCUAAACAUAACUGACGACAAUUCCCAUGUUAGCAUAAACAGUGAUGAUUCUAAAUUAGAAAACAUUAUAAACACCACACCAGUAUUAGUAGAGAGUAGUAUGGAUGAGUCAAAAACGGACACAACUGACAGUCUUACAGACACUGAAGUUAUAAAUAAUACACCAAGAAGAGAAGCAACAUUUACAGAGGAAAAUAAAACUUCCCCAUCUCAUAAAGCAGACACAAGGACAGAAUUUAAAUCUCACACACCAGCAAAAAAAAAUGGAAUGGUAUUAAUGUCUCCUAAACAAACAAAUUUAGAAUCUGAAAUUACACCACUCGAAAACACUACAACUACACCUAAGAAAAAAGUUUUGACAGAGACUAAAUUAGCUACGACACCGCUGAAGAGAGACGGAACAUUCACAAAAGACAGUCCAGAUGUAAUGACUCAUAAAUUGAGCAAAGAUAUGACACCAAGACGGAUGUCUCUACCAUCACCGGGCUGCACUCCACAUCCGGGCUCCAAAAGCUCAUUAAAGGAGAAGAGUGUUUUAAAUGUGACUCGGUCAAUCGAAAAGUCAAGAAGAUCCUCAUUAGCUGACGUGGCACCGAGAUUGACCAGGGUGAUGUUCUGCAGCCCUGUCAAUAACCCGGCUGUAGUUACGCAAAUGAAGGGGAAAAUAAUUAAGUCUAAUUUGAAGGGAUCAAACAAAAGCUUCGUAUUCGAUGAAAGCGUGUCGGAGUUAUCGCGUCCGGCGCGCAAGCGCUCGUACACGCAGACCGAGGCGGAGGGCGAGCGCUCGUCGCCGGCGCGCUCCGCCGAGCGCCGCGCCCGCCCGCGCACCGCCAGCGCCGCAGGUCGGCUGCAAGAGGCGAAGGGCGAGCGGCGCACGAAGCUGCCGAACUUCGCGGCGCUGCACCAGAAGCAGUUCGAGCGCAUGGAGUCGCUGGACGAGUGGCAGCGCCGACGCGGACAGCGCGCGCGACUGCUCACCACGCCGCCCGCGCUCGCCCGCGCCGCCGAAACGGAUAAAAAUGUAUCACAAUCCGAUUCAUCGACUAAGAAAAUUGAAACGCCGAAGUUAAAGCAACCGAGUGCGGUUCCAGGAUUCACUAAGUUCGGCUUCAAAUUGAACCUCGACGUCAAUCCCUUCAGCAUCCCAUCGAAGACAACGGAUGUCAAGCCGAAGGAAAAGAAAGCGGUAGUCCUCAAGAGACAAGCCACGCUGCCCUCCCUCGCCGGAGCCACCGCCCUGCGGAGGGAAAUCGCUAAACAAACCAUUAUGAGGGAAAAAUCAUUCGCGGAGAAGAAAAACGUGCACAGGAACGAAACUAGAACGGUCAUAAAGGGCGUACGGACGAACAGACGGUUCGAAUUGCAGAUGAAAAUGCGAAAUAUUAACAAUUAAUACUUGUUGUUGAUGCUGUACUGUUAUUGAUUAAUAAAUAAUGUUUACUAAUGAGCGAUUGAGAGUCGGUUUUAAAAUUUUUACCAAAUGUUUCAUUAACUCGUUUUGCAAUGUGCGUGGAAGUUAUUUUGUAAUUAACUAACUUCCAGACGAGUUUAAACUUGAAUACAAAGAUGACAAUGCAAGAAGAGAAUAAAAACUCGGUAUAUUAUUAUUUUUAUUUCUGUAAAUACAUGUCGAAAUUUAGAAGAAACAAAAUAAUUAUGGUCAUACAGUGGCAUUCGUAUGUUGAGUCGUUAUUGAGAUUAUAAAUCAGUUUAUAGUGAAACAAAUUUGAAACAACUCCAUUUUUACUUACGUUUUACGGGAAUACUUUGUGUUUUCACACGAGUAGACGUCGCUUGCAAUCAUUAUGGGUGAUAGAUUCCGUAAGUACAAAUACGAAACUUAUCGCAAAACUCGUAGGUAAUAUGCGACAUUUUCUUCAAUAAUUAUACCAUUGAAAGGAAACGCGCGUCAAAAAGCGUGUCGCAUAAGUCAUAUCACGACUGAGAUUAGUGGUUUCUUACACAACAGCAGUUCUGUGUUGUACGAUAUCUUUAUAUACUUUAAAUAUUUAAUAGUUCAUUUAGUAUUAAAAAUCUUAAAUUGACUAAAUUUAAGUCAUGCAACUUAAUCCUAAUACCUCAUAUGUGAACAUAGGGUUGCCUAGAAUAUGAAAGGCUUAAACAACAGACAAAAUAUUUGUCAUUACGUAAAGUUUAUUUCAAUGGCAGGACGACUACGAUAAACAAACUUUAAAUUUACAUAAAUUUCAUGUGAUUUGGUAAUAGCUGUAUUAUGCACUUCAAUCAAUUGAUAAAUAUGUCUUUAUUUAUAAUACAGAACUGUCACCCUUUACUAAUUUUAUCUACUUUAAAUUUCUGAUAACUUCGCUAUUCAAAAGACCUUUUUCUCACAAAUUCCUAGUAAUACCAUCGAUUAUUUAGAUCUCGACCAAUUAUGUCACGUCAAUUCAAGGUCAAAGUUUACAUAAUUCCUGCUAUUGGAAUCGAUUUUAAGUAGGUAUGUCGUGGUGCCAUUAGAAUUUAAACUAAUGUCUUACUUAAAAUAUUAGAACAUUAAAAUAUCGAACGAGGACAAAUAAUAAAAUGAAUGCAGUAUUUCCGUAUAACGUAUAGAGUACAAAUAUGAAACUAACCUCUUUUUUAUCGUCUUUGAAUAUGCCACUUUUUCAUUUAUCACAUACGAUACAAUAAAAUUAUUUAUUACUUAAAUUUUAAUUAUUCGCUCGACAAUUUUUAUAGCUUUAUUAACUUUUCGUAUAAACUCUAUCUUUGAUAAUAUUUCAAGAUAAUAUAGAGAACAGCAUUACAGUUAAAAUACUAUUAAUAAAUUUAAUAUUUGAAAAUUAUUUGUUCGAUAGAAAAUAUAUGCAUUAGUACUUUAAGAAAUAAGUUUAGUUUAAUUAGAAUCAAUAUUUACUUUAGUUUAUCAAAUUUUAUUACGACGGUAAAACUUAAACAACAACUAACUAUUAUAUAAUGAUGAAGAAAAUGAUAAAUAUUUGUCAAUAAGGAAAUAAGCUUGUUUUUAAAAGUAUUUUAACGUUACAUCAUGAACCUAAUGUCUAGUAAUAAUAUGAAGAGGGUAAAUGUGCCCAGCCGGGGCGUGUCACUCGUCAUCAUUAAUAUAUUAAAAUACGCAAUAACUCAGUACCGAUAGUAAGCGCAAAUUAAAUAAUUCAAAUUUUCGAUUCGGAAACUUGUAUUAUUUACUUCGCGAUGUAUUAUGAAAAUUACAAGAGGCUCAUCCCUUAAUUAAUUCAAUGUAUCUCCCAGAUUAUACUUUGAGCGCAAACAAUAGCCAGUUUGACAAAGAAAGGCUUAUCAAUUGUCUGAUAAACGACAAUAACUUUUGAUAUAGAACUGUAAUUUUAUGUAGGUAGUAUUGUUUAAAUUAUAAAAUGUCUCGUUGCCUAGUGAGAUGCCUCCAGCCUUCAUAAUAUAGGUACUAAGUAUUGACUUUAAAAUAAAAUCGUUAUAGAAAAACUUAUCUACGAGAUGUCAGGCGAUAAAGCAAACCAUACAAGUUACUUUCAUUUAUUUAGCAGUGUGAUUGAGGAUCGAUGAUGAAGUAAUUAAUGAACUCAUUUAACGACUGAAUUUGUAAGGGUUCGUUUGUAUCAAAGCGUUCUAGAGCGUGCAAUUGGGGUUCUUUGUAGUCAUGCUAAUGUUAAUGUUUAAUUAUAUUUCACUCACCGAUACACCUAUGGUCCACUGGAAAAUGAAAAACAGGAAAUGGAAAAUUUCAAAAGAGCGAUGGUAUUAAAAUUAAAAAUGUAUUAAAAAAUUAACCAAUUCUCUACUUUUAUUUAUUUUGACGGAUAUUUGCCAUUGCUUCUAAAGCAAGACUUAUUUUCUUAUAAAAAAAACAAACAUCUCCGUAACUUACUGUUUUGCUAUCAUAUUUUCUAUUCUUCCACGAAUAUAUUAUUUAAUUCACAACUCGUGUGCCUCAAGUUACUUUGUUUUCUUUAUUUAAUAAUUUUAUUUACGGUAACUAAAUAAACAGAACCUUUUAUGUUAUUAUAUUCAGUCAGUUUUGUAUUUUAUAAACUAGAAAACACGAUGUGUCAUGUCUUGAAAACACGAUUUUUAAAAAAUCUUCCAGCAUUUAUUUAAUUCUACAAAAUUAAAUAUACCAAUUUAAAAAAAUUAAGUUUGUCUCUUAAAUUUUUUAUAUU